GUGGGACGACGAGGGCGUGGGCGAUCCGCCCAUGGUUAUAGUGGUCAGGAGCAGGGGCGCUCUUCAGUCGAAACUGCGGAUGCUCACCAUCCUGAGCCGGCAUGGGUUCUCAGUGGAUGCCCGCUCAGCGGUUGACAGCUGGUCGCCGCUGCUGGCAGCGGUGGAGCAGGGCUGCCGCCGCUUGGUGGAGGCGCUGCUGGCGCUGGGCGCGCGGCUCUCCGCGGACCGGCACCUAGGUUUCACUCCGCUUCACUUGGCUUGCCAAAUGGGCCAUUGGCACCUGCUGCCUUGCCUGGUCGAAGCAAUGCAGAAGCAGUACCAGCGCGUUGCGGCCUGGGGACCAUCUCCUCAGUACAUCUCGCUCAACGUGGCAGAUGCCUAUGGCAGGACUCCGCUGGACAUUGCUUUGCUGCGAUACUUCUCCAGCCCUGACGACAGGCCUGAUGGCAAGGCAGUGGAUGUGCUGCGGAAGUUUAUCCACAAGUCCGCGGAGCCAGGGCCGGUCUGCGGCUGGGAGCUGUUCCAAGUCCUGAACUUCAUCGACACAAUUCCUUCCAAGAAGGCAUUGGGCGCUCAGCUCUUGGAGUAUCGCUCUCAGAAUGCCAGCCCUUCGGCAAGCGCAGACGGAGAGAAGGAGCUGGGCGAGGAGCCUGGCACGGAGUAUGGAGAGGUGGAAGAAGUCUUGAAGGCAAUCCGACUGCUUCUUCAGGCCGGUGGCCAGACGCGGUGGCUUCAAGAUCUACUGGAGCCCGGCAGGCGUGAGGAACCGGGUGCAUUGCGACAGGAAGGUCGAAGUUUCCAGCCUUGGAUGCUGAGCUGGCGGAUGAGAGCUCGCUCUGAGAUCGCUGGAUGCCGAUUGCGGGUGAUGCGCCGCGUUUAUCUAAGCCUCGGUGAGGAGAAGCGCACUCGUCCACAGGGUGGAAAGUGCAAAGGGCCACUCGCCUGGCUAAAAGUUGCCUGUAGAACCUGUGUUUCGUAUCAGAUGCUCGCGGAGCAGUCAACCGUAUGCCCAAAAGCACUUGACCGAGGUAGGAAUGGUUCCCGGUGCUUUUCAACUUGGGAACUCUGCUUUCACCAACUGUCCCCGUAGUCUCACCGGUUGGCACGCGAGCAGAGCGUACCAGUCCAAGGAGCGGAAUCGCGUGCAGCCAUGAAACAGAAUUCUGGAACCAUGGGUGCCACGUGUCC